AGAUGUGCACUAAUGUAACAGCCGAGGUUUACCUUCGCUCUUACCUGACGCCCUGCAUCAAUGACUGUGGCACUUAUGGCCAGUGCAAACUUCUGCGCACCAACAACUACCUGUACGCUGCAUGCGAGUGCAAAGCAGGUUGGGAUGGCUGGGGUUGCACAGACAACACUGAGGCAUAUUCCUAUGGCUUCCAGUUGCUAUCAACUCUGCUUCUGUGCCUCAGCAACCUGAUGUUUGUCCCACCGGUGACUAUCGCUAUUCGCAGUCAUUACCUGCUGGAGGCAUCCGUCUAUAUCUUCACCAUGUUCUUUUCCACUUUUUAUCAUGCCUGUGACCAGCCAGGCAUUGUGGUCUUCUGCAUCAUGGAGUAUGACGUGCUGCAGUUCUGUGACUUCCUCGGAUCGCUCAUGUCUGUGUGGGUCACUGUCAUCGCCAUGGCCAGACUCAAGUCCAUUAUCAAACAGGUGCUGUAUUUACUGGGAGCAAUGGCUCUGUCUAUGGCCCUACAGCUAGAUCGACACGGCCUGUGGAACCUCUUGGGUCCCAGUCUUUUCGCUUUAGGCAUCAUGGCCAUCGCUUGGACGGUGCGCACCAUCCGCAGGCGCCGCUGUUACCCUCCGACCUGGAAGCGCUGGGUGUUUUUCCUGUUCCCAGGCACCACCAUCGCCACAUCAGCAGUGGCUUUAUACGCAUUCGUGGAGACAGAGGAGAACUACUUCUACAUCCACAGCAUCUGGCACAUGCUGAUCGCCGGCAGUGUUGGCUUCCUCCUGCCGCCCCGCGCCAAACCGGACGUCAAAGUCAGUCCCCUGAAGCGGCGGCGCGGCUGCGGGUACCAGCUCUGCGUCAACGAGCAUGAGGAGAUGGGACUGGUGGAUCCCGCCAUCAUCACCAUCAACAGCAUCUGCACCAGCUGAUGACCCUCGCGCCCGCUCAGACUUUUACCUGCCUUUCCUCUCCUUCCUUUGGGAUACAAAAACACGGAAAACAAAGCCAGAGAACUUACUGAUGCACUGUAAAUAACUUUAGAGCAAAACAUGCUCGCAGACACACACACACUCGCAAAUACACUGCCGGUCGAAAGUUUGGAAUUUGAAUUUUUUUCAUGUUUUUUUUUUUAGGAGAAGCCUAUUGUGCUCACCAAGGAAGACGGUAAAAUUGUAAAAUUAGAUUCAAAUUUUAAACAACUGUUUUCUUAAUGAAUGUUUCUUAAGAUGAAGCAUAUUCCUAUUAUUUAAAGAUGUAUUUAGCUACAUUUUCGGUGUCACUUGAUUUUUCUUUUAUAAAAUCAUAUUCAUUUGCUGGUUUAUUGGUCUGUUAUGAUCAAUUGUUAUUGGCUCUCAAUCAUUAAUUGUCCUUAUAUAGUGUAUCAAGGUUGAAUAUUUAGGUUGUAUAUUUACUGUACUACUAUUUCCACUAAUAUUGGCUGCAGCUCAACAGUUUUCAACACUGAAAAUAACAAAAAAUGUGUCUUGAGGUGCAGAUGUUAGAAUGAUUUCUGAAGAGUUAUUUGACACUGUGUGACUUUAAAUCACACAAAUAAAUGAAACUAUUGAACAAGACAGCAGCUAUUGUAAUAAUAUUUAAACAUGUUACAGUUUUUACUGUUUCUGUUCAAAUAAAUGCAACUUGGGUGAGCAGAACAGGCUUUUUGCAAAACAGGCUUCUUUGAAAGACAUUUUAAAAAUCAUAUCGAUCCCACACUUUCGACCGGUUGUGUAGGUACAGUACAAGUUUUUCGUCAUAACAUGGUUAUUUGGAUUACUAUUAUUGUUAAUAUGGUUUGCAUUGUUUGUAUCUGGGAAUGGUUUGUGUCAGUGCAGCGAUGCACUGUUAUUAGUGCAUUAUCUAAAGCAUCUGAGCUGAUUUUGCUGCUGCUACUUGACAGUGACUGUAAAAUUGAAAAACGUGUCAUGUAAUUUAUUCAUUGUUUUUCUGGCACUCAAACGACCAAAUGUUUUAUUGUGUUUAGAGGAUGCAAAGGAAGAACAUUUUGUGGAUAUAUCAAGGGCACUGCUUUCUUUUGAUUGUUCUUUUUUUUUUUACUUUUCUUUCUAAACAUCAUUUGCACUGAGACACAAAAAAAUGUGAUACUGUACAUUUUUUAAAUAUAAGUAUAGUUAUGAACCAGUCACGAUGUGUACAUGUACAUGUAUAGUAUAGUUGUUUUCAGUGGAAUGUCUGAUUGUACUUUGGAUUGCAUUGUAUUGCCUUUGCAGCAUAAUUGAUUGUCGAUUUUUAGAGGGAUUAGGAAAGUUUCCAUUGCCAAGACCAGGUUUUAAUACGAAACCUCAGAUAAAUAACCUCAUAUUUCCUGUUGUAUUUACCUAGUGAGGGUCAGAAGGAGACAUUUUAAAGCAAAAGCAAAUGAAAAAGCAAAUAAACGUUUUAUUUUUUCGGUAUCAAACUUGAUUAUUU